UAUUGUGGAUUCUCCGCCGUCAUCCUCGUGUGGUCGUCAUGUCUGAUAGUUCUGGUACUGAUGAACCUUAUCCCUACGCUGCGUUCUUUGGCGUGAUGGGUGCUACUUCAGCCAUCGUAUUCAGCUGUCUCGGUGCAGCGUACGGCACAGCUAAGAGUGGCACGGGAAUAGCUGCAAUGAGCGUCAUGAGACCAGAACUAAUCAUGAAGUCCAUCAUUCCAGUUGUUAUGGCUGGUAUUAUUGCUAUCUACGGUCUGGUCGUAGCCGUGCUAGUCGGGAAUGGAGUGUCGAAGAGCGCAGAUCUUGAUGGGUUGUUCAAGAGUUUCAUGCAACUUGGUGCCGGUUUGAGUGUCGGUCUAAGCGGCUUGGCUGCCGGGUUUGCAAUUGGCAUAGUGGGAGAUGCGGGAGUGAGAGGAACGGCUCAGCAGCCGCGUCUCUUCGUAGGGAUGAUUCUCACUCUCAUCUUUGCAGAAGUGUUGGGUUUGUACGGACUCAUCGUCGCACUCAUUCUAUCCACAAAAUCAUAAUAGGGUGAUGCGUGAUGAAGGAGUAGUACGUGUGACAUGUGUAAUGUGUAGAACGUGCAGUAUCUUGUAAUUGAUUGCGUUGUGACAUAUGUAGCCUUCAUAAAAUUGUGUCUGGAUGGUUUAGAUUGCUGUAACAAUAUUUCAUUCUUUAUUCAA